AUGUGGUUUGAGGGUCUGGGUGCCGAUGCCGCUGAUGCCGCUGCCACUGGUGGUUCUGAUAAUGCAGGCACUGUAGUUGCCGGUUCCAAUGCUGUAGGGGCUGCAGCCGAAGGUACCGAUGCUGUCGGUGCUGCAGCUGAUGAUCCUGAUGCUCUGAUGGUCCUGAUGCUGCAGGGGCUGCCGCCGAAGGUGCAGAUGCUGUCGAUACUGCAGCUGAUGGUUCUGAUGCUGCAGGGGCCGCCGCAGAAGGUGCCGAUGCUGUCGGUGCUACAGCUGAUGUUUCUGAUGCUGCAGGGGCUGCCGCCGAAGGUGCCGAUGCUGUCGGUGCUGCAGCUGAUGACCCUGAUGCUGCAGGGGCUGCCGACGAAGGUGCCGAUGCUGUCGGUGCUGCAGCUGAUGGUUCUGAUGCUGCCGCUGGUGUCUGAACGGCACGUGUGCGGUCCCUCCUGCGGCCUCGUCUGUAGCUCACGCUGGUUCAGCCGUCCGUCUCGUCUGGAUGCCAGGGCAUUUUUAAAGGCCAUUCAGCCAGCUUCUGCCUCUAUAUAUAUCGGUUCUUACUCCCAGCAGAAUCACUCUGGGGACAGGCUGCGAGAAGCUGCUCAUUGUCCGCUCUGCGUCGGACGGUUUAGAGCCAUGUCGAGCCACCUCAGGCGGGCACACGGUGUGAAGAACCUCCACGAAAGGAAGCUGCUUUCAAACUUAGCCUUCAGGAGAGUGAACGUGAGGGACCACGCCUGCCCCGUCGACGGCUGCAGCUACAAGAAGGGACGGCUGGACAGACACAUCCUGCGGGGCCAUGUGGAGCUGACCGAGGAGGACAGGCGGGCUCGGCUGCGUCUGGUGAGGCGACAAUGCACUCUUCACAUGAUUAGGCAGCUCGGGUUAAAACAAGCCAGCCCGCCGUUGGUCUCGGACAUCCACGUGGAGGAGCCCGCGGGGAAAGGCAGGCCGCCCUCCCGGUGCCGCCCAGCGGGGAAAGGCAGAGCGCCCUCCCGGUGCCGCCCGCCCUCCCGGUGCCGCCCGGCGGGGAAAGGCAGGCCGCCCUCUCCAGCGUGGAAGGCGAGGACCAGGGAGACGAAGGCAACCCAGGCACGACCACACCCCAGGACGGACCGCUCCUUUCCCAGCAGCUGCUUCCCUUGCCAGUACCGGUGGCCUGCUUUCUGCGGGGCUUCAGGAGGUUUCACAUGGGCGGACGUCCGAACAACAAACUACCAGAAUGCGGUGUCCAAAGCCAACAGGGUCCACGUCUUCCUGGGUUACAUGUCCGAGGGUGGCCGGCAAAAGGAGAACUGGCUGUUCCUGGACGAUGUUGAGCGCAGUCAGUGGUGGCCCGCGGAGCUGGCCAAAGCCAACAAAGCCGUCACCACGGUCAACACGUACCUGAAAAACGUCCACCAGUUCAUGAAGUACUUCAUGGAAACCCCGCCGGAGCCCUGCGGUCUGACGAGGAGCCAGCAGGCUGGUGUGGCCCGAGCCCUGAAGAGCUGCCUCCGGGACCUGGGCAGGGAAGUGGUCGUGCACCAGAUCUCCGUGAAGGAAGCCAAAGUCUCCAGGGCCAUAACGCAGCAACACCUCACCGCCUGCAAGCAGCUGGCUGCCCGCAGGAUACCAGAGUUGCUGGACAUGCUGGAGGACGAAGACCUCCCACCCGUGAGGCACCUGUUUUACGGUUACGCGGCCGCCUUCGUGUCGUCCAUCUACGGACACAGGACCGGCGUGAUCGCCAACAUGAGGGUGGAAGAGCUCGAGGUGGCGAGAAGCGCAUUUCCGGAGGGAAGCCACGGCGUCGUCAUCAACGUCAGGGAGCACAAGAUGAACCGGGCGUUCGGGAUGGCCCAGAUCUACCUGACCCGGGACGAGUUCGUCUGGCUGGAGCGGUGGAUGCGUCUCCGAGCCCCACUGGAGCCCAGCGACGACCGCGUCUUCACCACGGGGACCCCGGCCAACGGGAAGACCCUCCUGAAGUUCCUCCGGCUGGCGUGGGGAGAGAUGGGCUUGCCCAGACGCCCGACCUUCACCGACAUCAGGACCUCGGUCGCCACUCACGCCAGGAACUGCCACAGUCCUGAGGUCCGGCACAAACUCUCGCACUUCAUGUGCCACGACACCUGCACGGCCGACCGGUUCUACGCCCUGCACCUCUCCCGAGACCAGUCCAAAGACAUGCGGGAGCUUUUCGAAGCAGCCUGCAGGCCCCACCCGUGUGAACCACCGGCAUCAAAUUAAAAAUAAAGUUGUUUAAAUUUGCA